CUCCCUGUGUUCUUGUCUGCAUCAACACCAUAUAGAUAUUAUCAUACACGCCGCAAUCAUAGUUGGACUUUUCUCUGUUCAAUCUCAAUACAUUGCCAAACGCUGAACUCUUCGGCUCAGGCUUGUCUUUUCAGUUGGUGUGCCUGUGUAAAGACGGAUCCAAGUUCCCCGAGGAUCGGACCAUUGCCCGAGUCAGAUUCCAUCAUGGCUGAAGGUGAAAGCUUGAUUGAUGACCGGAGGACCAAACCUGCUUCUUGAGAUGGAAGACCGACCCCUGCCUUGACGAAGGGCACCCUUUUAGUUAUUUGAACUGAGUUAAGUCCCAUCUCACGACGGGCACUUUCCAAAAUUGUCCCAUUGACGCCUCCUCCAGUGUCCAGUAUGUGAAUUUUGACAUUGAUCUCAACACAGUUGGAUCGUAGUGGCCUCCUACUAGUCUGCAAGUGUAGAGAAAGUAAACAGUCAUAUGUGUACCCGACUUCCUUCCACUGGCUAUUGGAACAAUGGAGGGUAAUCCAUUAAAACAUGAAGCGACUGUUUGUUGAAGAGCAGGAGUACUGAUCAAGGAAGUCCUAAUCAGCUUCAACUGCCUCACUAAGGUAUUUAGCAAUAUUGGCAAAUAAGGAGUUCAAUAGUAACUAGCGCCGUCGUGCCACCAGUGUCGACUACAGCUUAUCGUUGUUGUAUAAGGGAUUGACCACAGUUUCAAAAAGAAGAACAAUGUAUUAAUUGAUUGAUGCCAAGUUCAACAUAAGGUAAUCAAUGACUAAUUGUUGCAAGGAGGAAAGUACUGCCAUCUUAGCGAUUGUUCAAGAAGGAUCAGUGGCAGACUAAAUGGUUUGACAAUAUUUAUGGAAAAGGCUAAUCUUGUCGCGUACGGGAGAACUAAUUAAGGUGGCUGUGAACCAAAAUGCUUGGUUGGACUUCUACUGGGUGAAAACUUUGGAAAAAUUGUGAUCCUGUGUACUUCUCCAAGAGUCACCAUGUUAAUGAUCUGACACCAAGAUUCUCCAGUCACCUUUUGACCUUGACCUCAACCUUGACCUGAAGUCAACAUGGCAGUUCAGUGGCAGAAACUGAAUCCGGCGCAGUUUCAGCAGCUGCAGGAGUACAUGUCAUACUCCUCUAAGAAGCUGACCGAUGUCCUAGAUGAGUUCAAUGGCAACGGAGCCUUGUCCAAAUAUAAUCGAGAUGAGCCGAUCGACUAUGAGGGGUUCCAGCUGUUCAUGGAAAUUCUGAUGGAAUCCUCAUUAACUGAAGAAUUGUGCAAGACUCUCUUUUUGUCUUUCAUGAAGAAACCAGUCCCCCAAGGGGCCAAUGUCGGUAAGGAAUUCCACAUCCGUGAUGUGGCUGCAGCAAUGGCAUCACAAACUUUGUGUGCACCAAUCACCCACCAGACGGCUGAUAUCCACCUCGAAAAACCAGAAAAGCAUCAUGGUCUUGCUGAAAAGCUCCAUGGACUUACCGAGAAGCUUCACGGCCUUGGUCAUCAUGGCGGUGAGAAAGGCCACUCCCGCCAUGAUAGCAGCGGUACCGAUGCUGGGAGACGAAGUAGAGCAGGUUCGACAGGUGCGUCGACCCACCCGUCAGUGGCAGUCAACCAGCAAAUGGACAAAGUCCACCACGGUGAAGAUGGGGCCCCCAAUGAAGCGUCCAACCACUCCCGGUCAUCCUCAAAGAAGUCAAGCCACAGCAUUCACAGUGUUCAUAAUGGUCCAUUACUAGAGGGCACAGACCCUUGGAUCCGACAGUCCACUUCCUCUCUCCUUCGCACAAACGUGGACAUGAAAGCCAUGAAGAACCGGUCAGCCAGUCUGGACAUCAAGACUGGACACAUCUACCUAAAGGACCUGGUGUGCUACUUGUCUCUGCUGGAGGCAGGGCGCCCUGAAGAUAAGCUGGAGUUCAUGUUUCGACUGUAUGAUUCCGAUGGAAAUGGCAUAUUAGAUUCCAGUGAGCUUGACUGUAUAGUGAACCAGAUGAUGUCGGUGGCAGAAUACCUCGGCUGGGAUGUGUCCGAGCUCAAACCUAUUCUGCAGGACAUGAUGAUAGAGAUAGACUAUGAUGCUGAUGGAACAGUGUCACUGGAAGAAUGGAAGAAAGGAGGAAUGACGACCAUUCCCCUGCUUGUUUUGUUAGGCUUAGAUACAAAUGUUCAAGAUGAUGGCACGCACGUUUGGAGACUGAAGCACUUCAACCGGCCUGCCUACUGUAAUCUGUGUCUCAACCUGCUGGUGGGGCUGGGCAAGCAAGGGCUCUGUUGUACAUUUUGUAAAUACACGGUGCACGAGAGGUGUGUGCAGAGGGCGCCAGCGUCAUGCAUUACUACGUAUGUCAAGUCAAAGAAGACCUCACAGACGAUGAACCACCACUGGGUUGAGGGCAACUGUGUCGGCAAGUGUGACAAGUGUCGCAAGUCAAUCAAAUCUUACAAUGGAGUCACGGGGCUUCAUUGCCGGUGGUGUCAUCUCACGCUUCACAACAAGUGUGCGUCCCAGAUGAAGCCAGAAUGCGACAUGGGAGACUACCGCGACCACAUGUUACCUCCAACCACCGUCUGCCCAGCUGUGCUGAAAUAUUUUGACACCCAUCCACAUCACAAUCCUCAUGAUCGGCCCCGGCCAGGCAAGACGACGCCCUCCAACCGUGAGAGUCAGAGUCUGACGCAGCUGGACGGGAUCAGUACGGAUGGGGAGGAACUAAGUGGGGGCGACCUGAGCGGUGAACAAAGCCCCAGUCAGCCAUGUCUUGAUAUGCUACCCUCUCCAGCACCAGGCCCUGCAGGUCAGAGCUCCUUCCAAAUCACGCCAAUAGAUGGGACACAUCCAUUGUUAAUAUUCAUCAACCCGAAGAGUGGUGGCAAACAAGGGGGCAAGCUUUUGCGGAAGUUUCAGUAUUUAUUAAACCCUAGGCAAACAUACGACAUGAUUAGGAAUGGUCCAAUGGUGGGGCUUCAGUUUUUGAAGGAUGUACCAAACACUCGUAUUUUAGUGUGUGGUGGUGAUGGUUCUGUUGGUUGGUUACUUGAUACAAUGGAUAAGUUGGCCUUGAACUAUCAACCUCCAGUUGCAGUGCUACCUCUUGGAACGGGAAAUGACCUUGCUAGGUGCAUGCGGUGGGGUGGAGGUUAUGAAGGCGAGAGUCUGCUCAAGGUGUUGAAGCGUAUUGAACACAGUACGUGCAUCAUGCUGGACCGAUGGCAGAUCGAGUUCAGCAAACCCGAGGGAACUGAUGAGGAGGAGGGCGACCCCAUCCCCUACAACAUCAUCAACAACUACUUCUCCAUAGGGGUGGAUGCAUCAAUAUGUCAUCGAUUUCACAUUAUGAGGGAAAAGCAUCCAGAAAAGUUCAACAGCCGGAUGAAGAACAAAUUUUGGUAUUUUGAGUUUGGCACAUCGGAGCAGUUCAGCUCUACUUGCAAGCAUCUACAUGAAGACAUUGACAUUAUGUGUGAUGGUUACUCUCUGGACCUGGCCAACGGCUCCCCCCUGGAGGGUAUUGCUCUUCUCAAUAUUCCAAGUAUCUAUGGAGGUACCAACCUGUGGGGCGAGAACCCCAGCCAGAAGAAACGACGGAAAGCUCAAAAAGCUAAGAAGGACAAAGACAAAGAGUUCUCCACGAGCAGCAUGUCGUCAGCAGAACUCAACAUUGCUGUGCAAGAUGUUGGGGACAAGCUGAUUGAGGUGGUGGGCCUGGAGAACAGUAUGCAUGUCGGUCAGGUCUACGCCGGACUGCGGGCAUCCGGCAAACGUCUUGCUCAGUGCUCACAAGUUGUCAUUAGAACAAGGAAAAGAUUUCCAAUGCAAAUAGAUGGGGAACCCUGGAUGCAACCACCGUGCACUAUCUAUGUUACACACAAGAACCAAGUGCCCGUACUGAUGGCGCCCCCGUCAAACAAGAAGUCCAAGCUUUUCAAACUGUUCAAGAAGUAGCUCAGUCUGUGCAGUGAAGGCCGGCCUUGCGUCGUUGAACAUUGUGGAUCAGCAAGUUGAGCCUUUCCCAGCUAUUCUAGCGCAGUAGCCCGAGGUCCAUAUGAUAGGCUGAUGCAGGUCAUCGCUUUUACCAGUUGUAGCCCCGGUCAAUAGCCAUGGCCACUGUCUCGGCAAUACUUCUUGGUGCAAUAUUAAACAACCAUAGCUUCUUACAUAGUGGCAUCCUCCCAUCGCCCAUCUUGUUUCUUGUUAUUGAGUGUAGCCAGAAUCCCACCUAAGUGGUUAUCAAAAUUGUCAUUUCUUUGUUGCCAUGGUUACCUCUAUUACAUUUUGAUAAUUUAUAUCAUUUAGAUUUCUAUUUUGUGUUUAUAUUUGACAUAGUUACAACUUCAUGAUAUACUUCUGUAUAUUUUUUUCCAUUUUUAUUCAAUAUUCAUAUUAUAGUUUCAGUGUUAAUUUCAUAGAAAAUUAUUUCAAUUUUUGUAGUGUUUUGUUUUUGUAUUAUCAUUUUUUGAAGUAAUAUAUAUUUUUUGUAUUUUGUACCCUCCUCAUUUCCAGGAAUCCGAAAUGAAGCAACAGAUGGGUGUUAAUUAAUCAGAGAAUUAUCUUGUCAUAAUAUUUCAGUUUAGGUCAUUUUCUAGAAAAAAACAAAUCAGUCAUAAUAGUAAAGUGGACCUCCAUAUAUUGAGAGACAUUUUGAUAUCGCUAUAUACUAUUUUCACUGUGACACUCAGGUAUUUUAUUGAUGUGCAAUUUGCAAUAUUUGAUAUGCCACAUCACUAAAGGUAAUAUUGUACCAAGAAUUACAUCACUGAAACCCUCUUCCCUAUAUAUGCCUAUAGACUAUUCCAUAUGAAUGUGUGGAAGAUUCCAAGAAUGCAUGGUAGGGGCUAUAACAUAGGUCUAGAUUACAUCAACCCCACAACCAAUGGGCAGCUAAAUAAGAUAAUAAUUUCAAUGCCAAAUAUAUGUUUUUAGUGGUGUUUUCUGACACUGUUCAUGGUCAAAUCCGUCGACAGAUGUAAUAAGAAUAGUCUUGUGGAUGCUGAUUAUGUUUAUUUGAAGGCUCAAUCAUGUGACCGUUUUCACUGGCCUUAUAAUUAAGCAAUUAUCGAAGUGUUUCCACAUCUGUUACGACAGUCUUUGUCAAGACUGCCAUGAUGCACCAUUAAAAGGUUAACAAAUAUUUCAAGAUAAGCUGUCAAGAAUGGGUGUGUUGAUACUACUCUCUAAUGAUACUACUCAAAAAAUGUUAAACACCAUCCGAUUUUUUCAUAUUACUAUACUUAAUCAGGUGGUCCUUAACUAUUUUUUUGUAGUAUAUAUAAUGUCAACGCCUGAGAAUAAUCAAUCUUGAUUAUCUGCCUGAACAGUUUCCAUUGGGCGUAAAAGGCGAAAAAGCCGUGUAAAUUUAUAAAUGUAUCACUUAAAAUCAGUGGUGACACCUGGUGUUCAUAAAAAGGGUAAGCAGGACCUGCUCUAAAAGUAACACCCGUCAAAGAAAUCCCAGUUUAAAUCUGAACAAAAGGGGAGUAGAAUAACCCAGUGGGUUUGCCCAAGUGAACAGAAGGACAAGGUUUGAAUCCUAAGAUGGGUACUAUUUGUGAAACCCACUAUUACUGCAGGAAAUGUUAAGUGUUGAUACAGCGUUCUUCAUUACUCACUUUUCUUUAUUGAAUAUCAAGAAUACAUUCAUUCUCCUAAAGAGUUAUCUUGAGUAGGAGGGAGUUAAAAUUUAAUAUCACAUCAGCAUUACUUCAGCCAUAUUAGGGGUUUAUAUGAUAAAAUCAGUAUCGACCAUGCUGUUUGAGAAUCUGAAGGAGUUUAUCCAGUAAGGAGUCUAAAGAGGUUACUGCAAUUAUGCAAAUAGUCUGAUAAUUCUCUAUUUACGCAUUCUGAUUGAGAAAGGAAAAUAUAUACUACUCAAAGAAGUUAAGGAUCACCCAAUUCCAAAUAUGACUAUAGUUAAUCUGCCAUGGCCAUUGACAGAUAUAUCAAAGUUGCAUGAAAGAAUCAGGUGGACCUUAACUUAUUUUCAGUAGUAUGUUUGUAACUUUGUCAUAGGGAUGGAUUUAUUAUCUAAAUUGUGGACAUUCUUUACCAAAGUCAGGAGACACUUGAUAUUGUUUAAUUUUAAGGCCCUCUUUCAUUACAAGGAAUAAUAUCUCUAUAAGAUUCAUGGCAGUUCGUGGCUCGUCAUUGUCGUAAUUAACGACGUUUUUUAGCCUCCCAUGCCUCUGUCAGACCUUCAACCCAAGUUUUUUUAAUCCUAUAAGUAUUUUAUUUCCUGUCCAUUGAUCUUUAUGUGCAUACAUGCAUGGAACAGCAAGUUUGCAAAACCUACUUGUGAUAUAUGUAAACAUAAUGCCUUCUGUAUACAGUGAUGUUAUUGUUGUGUAUAAUCGAUUGCACUUCUGUCAUGCUUGUGUCAUAUAAGUUUGGUGUAUAUUGCUAUGCCAGCCAGCCAAACAAGAGCUUAUUCAUGCUCUUCCCAAGGUAAAUCUACAUGGAAAAUUUGACCAUUCUUGUGCCUAUUUCUAAGUAGAAACAUUAUCUCUAUUGUAGUGUGCCAGUAAAGAAAGGACUCUCUGUAGUAGUGUUCAUAGAUUUCUUAAAUGUAUGACCUGUCUGAUUCAAUAUCAGACCUCAAUACAGUGGAACCUUAUUAAUCUGGACAGUACCAAUUCCAGGGAAUUCAUUCAGAUUAACAAAUUUCAGGGUUAAGUGUCUUGGUUUGGACUGAUGUCUCUACAUAUAUAUAUAUAUAUAUAGGCAUCAGUAAUCGUAUCUGGAUAAACAGGGGUCUAGAUAAAUGAGGUUUCACUGUAUGUGUAAAAGUACAGUUUGGGUAGGUUUCAUUUUAAGAUCCAUCUAAUUUGUGGUAGUUUUCUAGUAGAAAAAAGAUAGAGUGAUUUUUAAAGAAAUAUGAUUUUUGUGGAAGAAGUUUUUAGAUUAUAGAAUAGAACGUGUAUAGGUCUUGUAGCCAACCACCAUACAGCAGAUAGAAGGGCCUAGUAAUGUAAAUGACAUUGAAUUCUGCAGGAGUGAAUAUGCUUUUUAUUUUCAUGAUGAAUAUAUGGCAUUCAUUUCCUUAAGACAUAUUUUUUUCGAAAUUGUGUAAUUUCAGAACGAACAGGAGAACAUUGAAGCUUUCAAUUUUGCUCUUUUUUUUCAGCAUCAGUAGUCUUUUCAACCUUGUAGAGAUUUUUCUUGAACUCUAGGCUUAAAAAAUUGGAGACUAUGCAUGAACUACAAUCCUUCCUUAUGAAAUAAGCAGUAUAAUAGCUUUAUUGAAAUAUUAAUAUAUUUGAGAUACUUCCUGUUGAUUUUGUAGUUUUAUAAAUCUUUUUCCAUAUGGUAUAGAACUGGAUUUAUUCUUUAUCUGAUUCGCAUUUAAUACUAUACUCUGUCAUGAUUCAUAUCUUCCAUCAACGCACAAAAUACAAUUUCAGUAUAUUAUAAUCAUUAUUGGACUGAAUAUAUCAACAUGUUUGUGUCCAAUGAAACAAGGAAACGUCAAGAAAGAAAGCAAUAAUGUUGUGUUAAUUAUCACUGAGGAAGUAAUGCUAUUAGAUAUACAGCUUAUCGCAUGCCUGAAAAUUCAUGUUAAUGUUUAACUAUGUCAAAUGUACCAAAAUGCACUAGUAUUCAAUAUGUAUACAUACAUCAUAGUGUGUUCCUUGAAGGGAGAUAAGCAGUAUAUAAAGGGGAAUAACUCUUGUGAGUUGGGUAAAUUGUCAUCAACUAUGACUGUAGCCGGAGUUAGAGUUACCAGUUUAACAAUAUGUUUUAUUUUUACUCUAUUAUGCAAACAGUUAUACAUAUUCAAAUACGUUGUUUCAUUUAGGGAAUUUUGAGUUACCUCCCUUGGUCAUGCAUAGCGAUAGCUUGGUUAGGCCAUGUUAUACAGCCAUGUUGGAUUGUGUGGUCAGGGCAGUUUUUGACCUUAUUCGUUAAUUCCUGCAUAUUAAAUUCAUAAUGAGGACAACUAUAUCCAUGAUUAUGUAUCCAGCUUCUGUUUGUUGUUAGUCUUACAACCCCUUAAUAUUUAUCUAGUUGUUAGGAUGUCAUAUCUCGUUAAUAUUUCUUUUCAGAUAUUGUAUACCCUAAUCAAAAUGUGUUAUUAUUUUUGUAUUCAGAAUAUAUCAUUAUAAUGUGAAGUCAUGCACAAAAUAGUCCAUUUUUUUCCAUUUAAUUACACAAAGUUUUGUUAACAUAUGUCUGUUUCAAAAGAGCAGCCUAAAUAUUUAUCAUAUACAAGUAUACUCUGCAUAGUUGCCACUGGUUUUGGCUGUGAUGUGCGCAGGUUUCUGAGUGUUUAAGUUAUUCGGAUGAACAGAGGUCAGCAUUCUGUAUUCCUCGUCUAGUACUCUCCUGCCUUUCUUCAUACAGUAUUUUUAUGAAAUAUUUUCACUAUUGUACAUUGUAACUAUAAUUUACCGUACCAAACAUGGGCCUUGGAAAAGCAACAGUACUCACAAAAUACCCAUUUGAAACCAUUACUGAUUUUCAAUCAUACUGUUCUGAAGUCAUACUUUUGUGAAAUGGAAUCAUUUGUGCUUUUGUUGGUAGGGUUAUAUAUACACUUUGUUAUGUCAGUAAUGUUUUGCAGGAUGCUGUUUUCAUGAGUUUACAAAACUGAGACAAUUUUCAAUUUUUUAACUUUGAUAAAAAGAUUAUAUAAAGAGAGAAAGCAGUUGAUAAACAAGUUUGUAAGUAGUAAGAAUUUGAUGUGCACAUCAGGUUAAAAAGAGAUAAUAAGAUAUGUCUUAAAACAAAGUUUUGUCAUUCAAAAUAUUUCUAUAAGGAAAAAUCAAAUCCUUAACUACAUCUUAAGAAGCAAAAUGUUGAAAUAGAUGUUGGAAUACAAGAACAAGGCAAUUAUGAUGAUGAACACUAUAGGUUUUGUGAUUUGGAAAUCAGAAACCUUACAAUUGUGUGUCCUUUUAAGAUAUACUACUCAAAAGAAGUUAAGUUAUUUUGACUUCUUUAACUUCUUUGGAGUUGUAUUUUUUCAAUAUAACCUUCCCAUAAUAUUGGUCAGUCGUCUUUCAUACCUCAUGCAUAGUCGCAACAAGUCUAUACUGGAUACUUCCAGGAGAGAUGGCAGUCCUUGUGUAUAUAUUCAGGAACUAUCCAAGAAUAGUGCAGUAUUUGUCGGUAGUGAGACUUUCUGUGGCAGUUUCUUCAAUCGACCAAUCAAAAAUCGGUGAAACUAUUAGAUCUGAGUGUCACUAUAUAAUUAGGGAACUACUUUAUAUACAACCAUAUAUCAAUUCUGUUUUAGUAUUCAUGUAGAAAUUGUAUACGUUUUUUCUUCUUCACAUUAUAAGCUAAUAGUCGUUUUUGACAAAUUGCGUUAAUUAUUUCCUACUAGUUGUUGUUUUUGUGCACUUAUACGGUUCUACACUCAUGCCAUGCCAGUCUGUUUUAGCCAUAACCUAUUGUGUCUUGAACAGAACCAUCCCUAUUAAUUAGUAUAUCGGUUGACAGUAUAUGUUAGUGUAUAGGGGAUUCAGACAGUGCUUUGCUCAACUCUCCUUCGGCUUUAGCCUGAUAUUUCUGCUUUUAUUGCUGAUGUUAUAUUCAACUUGUUCCACCAUGAUCUCUGUAUGAUAGUUGUAAGGUAUUUUCAUUUUGUUAUGUUAUCAUAGCUUCCAACUAUCCCCAAUAUUUCGUAUUUGUUACGAAUUUCCAACUCAAGUAUGAAUUCAUACUCAAUUCAUACAAAUAAUAUGCCAAACCACAAAAAAUAUCGCAAGAAUUUUUUUUUCAUAAACGCAUGUAAGGAAAGGUAAUUACUUAGCCUUACAUCGUCUGUAAAAAUAUGAAAUGAAUUCUUACUCAAUUCAUACAAAUAAUAUGCCAAACUACCAAAAAUAUCGCAGAAUUUUUUUUUCAUAGACGCAUGUAAGGAAAGGUCAUUACUUAGCCUUACAUCCUCUGUAAAAAUAUGAAAUGAAUUCUUACUCAAUUCAUACAAAUAAUAUGCCAAACUACCAAAAAUAUCGCAAGAAUUUUUUUUUCAUAGAAGCAUGUAAGGAAAGGUCAUUACUUAGCCUUACAUCGUCUGUAAAAAUAUUGCGAGGGCAUUCAUUGACUGGUAUAAAGUCUAUUUAUAGUGUUGCACCUGCCCAAAUGAGACAGUCCAGUAUUUUUGGAAGCGGCUUCAGUCGAUGUAGAAAUUAGUGAUACCAUUAUCAGCUGAGUUUCGGGAUAUCGUCGGGCUUUGGUGUCCUGACCAUAAGAUCGUAACAAAAUACAAAUCGUUAUAGGGAUGUUGGCAGCUAUGUGUUAUUAAUAUUGAUGGACAUUUGUCAAAGAUAGUCCCACUGUUACAGCCAAAAUGGUUAAAGCUGUGACACUUAUUUCACACCUGUCAUUGAAGAUAAAAGAGGAGUGUCUAAGUUGCUAGAAGUCAUAAUAG